GCAUAACUGUGUGAGAUUAAGAGAGGGGUAGAAAAGUCAAAAUGAAGAAGAAUCUCACUUGAGAAAGAAAACCCAAAUUAAAAAUCUGUGCUGCUCAAAGACACAGCCUUUCAACCCAAAGCGUCUCUCUUUUCUUCUUCUUCCAUCUUCUUUCUCUUUCAUUUUUUUCUUAAUCGAAAACCCUUCAAUUAUAAUCGGAUCUGUUCUUCUUCAGAAACCGUCAAAAAGAGGAUAAAGUCUGUUUCUUUUUGCAGUGAAUCCUUCUUGGUGAGCUUUUUGAGCAACUGGGUUUUGAAGUUUUCGACGAAUUUGAAUUGGGUUUUCGUUAUUUUUGGUGUUUGUAAUUGGAUUGGUGAAAAAGCCUAUCUUGUGUUCGAUGAUAUUCCCCAGAGAGAGAAAAAGGUGAAGACUUUUGAUUCUUUUUUUUUGUGUUUGGGGUUUUGUGUGUGUGUUGUGGGGGAGGGAAUAGAGAAGAUGGCAGGUGGUGAAGAUUGGAUAGAACUCAAGUUUAGACUCGCUGAUGGCACCGACAUAGGCCCCAGCAAGUACAAUCAAUCUAUGACUGUUUCUUCUCUCAAAGAGAAGAUCAUCUCUCAAUGGCCUAAAGACUCAGAGAACAUUCCAAAGACUGUAAAUGAUGUGAAGCUCAUCAAUGCUGGGAAAAUACUAGACAACAACAGGACACUUGCUGAAUCAAGGCUUCCCGUUGGUGAACUUCCCGGGAUGAUCAUCACUAUGCAUGUUGUUCUUCGCCCUCCUACUUUAGACAAAAAGAGCGGUAAUUGUUUAUAUACCUUCCUAUACUUUUUUCUUUAUUGUAAUGUAACACUAACAAUAGGUUUCCAAUAAUAUUCUCUAGUCGCUUGUCAAUAUGGUAUUUUGAUUC